AUGGGGUUUGGUCGCAGGUGGAGGGCUUGGGUUAUGGAGUGUGUGACCACAGCUUUAAUGUCAGUUUUAAUUAAUGGAUCACCAACUAAACCGUUUAAAAUGGAAAGGGGCUUGAGACAAGGGGACCCGCUUUCUCCGUUCUUAUUUGUGUUGGUUGUGGAUGUACUGCAUAGAAUGAUUGGUGAGGCAGUAAGGAACGGCCGUAUCUCCCCUUUGCUGGUUGGUCGGUACAGUGUGGAGCUCUCACACCUUCAGUUUGCUGACGAUACUAUACUAUUUUGCCCACCAGAUGAGAAGACUAUGCAGAAUUAUAAGUGGCUACUGCACUGGUUUGAGUUAAUGUCAGGGCUCAGUAUCAACUUCGACAAGUCCAGCUUGAUUCCACUCAAUUGUGAAGAGCAGUGGGUAUAG